AUGGAGGGCUCAACUCCCAUUCCAGAGCCCCAAGGCUUGCCGCUCUUGGGAAAUAUCAAGGAUGUAAACCCUGAGUUUCCCCUAGGGUCAAUGGUAGGACUUGCUGAUGAGCUUGGUGAAAUCUAUCGCUUGCGUUUCCCCGGCCGAACCACAGUUUUCAUUUCUACAUAUGAUUUGGUGAAUGAAGUGUGCGAUGAAAAACGAUUCAAGAAAUCGGUGAAUUCGGCGUUGAGUGAAGUCAGAAAUGGUGUACACGAUGGUCUCUUCACGGCUAAAGAAGGCGAAGUCAACUGGGGUAUCGCCCAUCGAGUACUCAUGCCUGCAUUUGGACCGCUCUCGAUACAAAGCAUGUUCGACGAAAUGCACGACAUCGCCACGCAACUGGCGCUGAAGUGGGCUCGGUAUGGACCAGAGACCCCGAUCAUGGUGACAGACGAUUUUACCCGCCUCACGCUGGAUACCUUGGCGCUGUGCUCCAUGGGCUUCCGAUUCAACAGCUACUACUCGCCAGAGCUGCACCCGUUUAUCGAAGCCAUGGGCGACUUUCUCACGAUGUCUGGGGAGCGGACGAGAAGGCUUCCGUUGCCGUCGAUAUUCUACAAGGGCCAAGACGAGAAGUAUGAGGCUGAUAUUCAGGUUUUGCGGAAGACGGCGGAGGGUGUGCUGACGUCGCGGAAGGCCCAUAAGAGUGAGCGAAGGGAUCUCCUGACAGCUAUGUUGGAGGGGGUCGAUUCGAAGACCGGGCAAAGUAUGACGGAUGAGAGUAUCAUGGACAAUCUGAUUACCUUCCUGAUUGCGGGUCAUGAGACCACCUCGGGGUUGUUGUCGUUUGCGUUCUAUCAGCUUUUGAAGUAUCCAGAGAUUUACCGCAAGGCGCGGAAUGAGGUGGAUGACGUGGUCGGUGAAGGGACUAUCAAGGUUGAGCAUAUGUCCAAGCUUCCCUAUAUUGCUGCGAUUCUUCGUGAGACGCUGCGUAUCAACGCCACUAUUCCUUUAUUCACGGUCGAGGCAUAUGAAGAUACGCUUAUUGGAGGCAAAUAUGCCGUCAAGAAGGGAGAGACCAUCGUCAGUCUGUUGGCGAAGUCACACCUAGAUCCCGCUGUCUACGGUGAGGAUGCCAAUGAGUUCAAGCCGGAGAGAAUGUUAGACGAUAACUUCAACCGGCUUACCCGCGAAUUUCCUAACUGCUGGAAGCCGUUCGGCAAUGGCAUGCGGGCGUGCAUUGGUCGCCCCUUUGCCUGGCAGGAGGCAUUACUGGUGAUGGCCAUGUUGCUUCAAAACUUCGACUUUGAACACGUUGAUCCAGACUACAAGCUCGGUAUUAAGCAGACGCUCACCAUCAAGCCAAAGGAUUUCUUCAUGACCGCCAAACUGCGUGGCAACAUGUCGCCAACGCAGCUUGAGCGUCGCCUAGCGGGCAUCGAGGCCCCUAUCGGGGGGAAGCAACUCUCGGCGUCUAAUGGCGAUGCUGGUGCUGGGACAGGACUUCCUCUGACUAUUCUUUAUGGCUCGAACACUGGCACUUGCGAGGCAUUGGCGCAGCAUCUCGCGGCUGACGCUGCUUCGCAUGGGUUCCACGCAUCGACGGUUGAUUCUAUGGACAGCGGCUUUGAGGCAUUGCCGACUGAUCGACCCAUCGUCAUCAUCACCGCAUCGUACGAAGGCCAGCCGCCCGAUAAUGCUGCCCGGUUUGUGUCUUGGAUGGAUGGCCUCAAUGAGGAACAGAGUCCCUUGAAGGACUUGACUUACGCCGUAUUCGGCUGUGGAAACCAUGAGUGGGCACAGACCUUCCACCGUAUCCCGAAGCUUGUGGGCACGACCUUUGAACGAGCAGGUGCGAGCCGUGUGGCGGAAAUCGGACUGGCGGAUGCCGCGAACGGGGACAUCUUCACCAGCUUUGAGACAUGGGAGGACGAGAUCUUGUGGCCAGCAUUGGCUGAACGUUAUAGCGUUGCUGCAGACAGCAUGGGCAGAGCGGCCCCGGUGGACGCAACGGUGUCAACUCCACGACUACUGACCCUGCGACAAGACCUUCAAGAAGCCAUCGUUGUUGACGCGUGGGACCUGUCAACCGGCGAGGAAUCCGUCAAGAGACAUAUUGAGAUCCGCUUACCAGAAGGCAUGUCAUAUCAACCAGGUGAUUACCUCGCCGUCUUGCCUGUCAAUCCUAAAGAGAAUGUUCACCGAGCUAUGCGCCGCUUUGGUCUCGCCCGGGACGCAUAUAUCACCAUCACCACCAAAGGACAGACAUCUCUUCCGUCCAACGAGUCGAUAUCCGCGUAUGACAUUCUCAGCUCGUACAUCGAGCUGGCGCAACCAGCCACGAAACGUAACAUCCACUCGCUAGCCGAAGCAGCGCAAGACGAGCGCACCAAAGCCGAACUCAGCCACCUCGCCACAGAGGUCUACACCGAAGAAAUCAGCGCCAAAACCGUCUCCGUGCUCGACCUCCUCGAGCGCUAUCCGUCCGUGACCCUCUCGCUCGGCUCAUUCCUCUCAAUGAUGCCGCCCAUGCGAGUCCGACAAUACUCAAUCUCCUCCUCCCCACUCUCCAACCCCAACCAUGCAACCCUAACGUUCACCAUCCUCGACAAACCCGCCUUGUCCGGCCAAGGCCGCCACAUCGGCGUGGCCUCGUCUUACCUCGCCUCGCUCAUGAAAAGCGACGUCCUCUCCGUCUCCAUCCGUCACCCCCAGGCCCCAUUCCGCCUGCCCGAGAACCCAUCCCAAACCCCCAUUAUCUGCAUCGCAGCCGGAACCGGCAUCGCCCCCUUCCGCGGUUUUAUCCAGGAGCGCGCUCUCCUCCUCGCGCAGGGCCAGACGCUAGCACCCGCGGCCCUGUUCUUCGGGACGCGGUCGCCGGAGCAGGAUGAUUUGUAUGCCGUGGAGCUGACGGAGUGGGAGCAAGCUGGUGCUGUUGAGGUUUAUAGAACGUUUAGUAGGUGUUCUGAGGCGAGUGAGCAGUGCAGGUAUGUGCAGGAUCGGGUGUGGAGGGAGAGAGAGAGGUUUAUGGAGCUUUGGGAGAUGGGGGCGAAGGUCUUUGUUUGUGGGUCUAGGAGUGUUGGAGACGGGGUUAGGGAGGCGAUUAUUAGGAUUUUGGUUGAGGCUGAGGGUAAGGAUAAGGAUGGGGUCACGGCGAGGUUUGAGGCGGUUCGGAAUGUGCGGUAUGUGACUGAUGUUUUUGAUUAG